GACGCACUGCUGAUUGGUUCAAGUCUUUGUCCAACAGGCUUUACUUGUUACUAACAAUUCCGUGUUUAGAGAUUAAACCAGUUUCUCAGCGAUCAAAUUUUAGUGAGUCGAAUAAGAUUGAUACAACUAUUAACACCUGAUAAGUCUUUAUAUUUUCAUCUCUACAAGUUUGUGGGCGCAAUGAAGGCUGCAAGACUAUUCUGCCGUACUUCCUGGUCUUCAACUGAGAGGCUGGAUGGUAAAACAGUGAUCAUCACUGGAGCCAACACUGGCAUUGGCAAAGAAACAGCCACUGACCUGGCAAGGAGAGGUGCUAGGAUCAUCAUGGCAUGUCGAGACAUGGAGAGAGGUCAAGCUGCUCUGGAAGAAGUCAUCAAGAACUCGGCCAAUGAGAAUGUAGUCUGUAGGAAGCUGGACCUGUCAGAUACCAAGUCUAUAAGAGAGUUUGCUGACAAUAUUAAUAAAGAAGAGGAGAAACUCAACAUCCUCAUCAAUAACGCUGGCGUGAUGGUGUGUCCGUAUGGGAAAACUGCUGAUGGAUUUGAGAUGCAAAUUGGAGUUAAUCACUUUGGUCACUUCCUGUUGACAUAUUUGCUGUUGGACCUGAUUAAAAAGUCUGCUCCUGCUAGGAUCAUCAAUGUCUCAUCCAUGGCACAUCAGUAUGGCUCCAUAAAUCUGGAGGACAUCAACAGCGAGAAGAGUUAUGACAAACAAAAGGCCUACUCACAGAGUAAACUGGCCAAUGUUCUGUUCACACGCUCACUGGACAAAAGACUGCAGGGUACUGGUGUGAGUGUGUACUCUCUCCAUCCGGGCGUGGUGCAGACAGACUUAUGGAGGCACUUGAACGGGCCGCAGCAGUGUGUGAUGAAGGUGGUUAGCCCAUUCACAAAGAGCUCAACAGAAGGAGCCCAAACCUCCAUUUACUGUGCAGUGGAGCCCUCCCUGGAGAGUGGAGGAUACUACAGUGACUGUGCUCCAGCUAAGUGCUCAGCAAAGGCCCGGGACGACAAGGUGGCCGAGAGGCUGUGGGAGCUGAGCUGUCAGAUGCUUUCCAUCAACUGGGAAUAAACCAGUACAAAUCAAAUAUUUCUGCUCUAUAUUUGGAAAUUAACCUGUGUACUCCCAAUCUCGCUGCUUUCCUCUAGUUACACUUGAAUACUAUUUAACAACUUGGGGCUGGAUGCAUUAGUUUUAUAGAUUGUGCUGUACGUUAAAGAUGCACUAUGCAAUUUUUCUGGCGGAGGGUCCUCUUCUUGCUGGUUUCCAUGGAGAUGUUAUUGCUUUGCCUGGAAUGGUCCAUCAACAUGUCUAUCUCCACAGGCACAAGUUACAGGUUAGAUCACCGGCUAUUUUUCACACCAAGUACCACCAAAGUAAAGAUUUGGCUUUCCCAGUACCACCUGAUCUAAACCAAGUACCGUAUGUAACAGGACUAUUCCAGGUCUAAUCCAGGGCUAAACCAGGUCUAAAAGUGGACUACACAAUUUCCACUGUUACCCAAAGGAGGACAAAAAAGUGGCUAGAAUAAACUCUACUCUGUUCCAGUACCACCUGAAGGAGCUCGUGUACCAGUUUGACAAAACACUGGGUUAGUCUCUGAAAAUGCAGGUUUUUCAAUUUUUACUUGAAUAAAUAUAAGAUAGAUAAGUUUAAUACCAUACUGUGGAACAAUCCAGGCAAAGCAAAUGCAUUUCAAGCAGGUAAGUGACCCCUCACCUGCACACCCACCUCCACUCCUCCCAUUAGAAAGGUUGCAUAGCGCACCUUUAAUCAAUCCAAGGAAUAAGCAUUCCUUCAUUAUGAUAUAAAUGUAUGACUUCUAAAAUUUAGUGAACAAAGUUAUAGGAUUGUCUCUGGCCUAAAAGCACUUUAUUUUAUUGCACUGAUUGUCUGAAAGACAUUUUGUUUAAUAUGUUUAAAAUGACUGUGCAUAGUUUAUAGAUUCAUCUUUAUAACUACUGAAAUGAUGGAUUAGAUCUGAUAGAAUGGGGGUUGAUAUUAUUACACUGGACUCUAUACCACACAGACCUUACAUUGACUAUUAUGUUCUCACUUGGGUUUGAUAAAAUAAGUCAUAGAAUGCACUGCACUUCAUCCAGGAAGUAGCCAAUAUGAACUGCUUGUAUUAGCUCAGUGUAUAAGUGCCUUAAAUUAUGUAUUUAACAAAGUGAAUAUGCAUGUCAGCUUUAUUAUCUAGUAUCUUACUUAAACUUCACAGCUGCUGUUAGUUUAUAUGAGUAAUAAACAUGUGAUAAGUUUCACCUUGACUGCUGUCUCUGAUAAAGCUAUUAAAUAAAGAUAACAUUGUUUUAGUGAA